AUGCCACCACCGCCGCCGUCCACUGCCGCGGCGGCGGCGGCGGCGGCGGCGCAGCAGCUGGAGUCCCUCCUCCCACGCCUGGCCACGCCCUCCCACCACGAGCAGUUCCACGCUCGCCUCCUCACCUCGGGCCUCCUCGGCUCCCACUCGGUCCUCCGCGCGCGCUUCCUCGACCGCCUCGCGCUCUCGCCGCACGCCGCCGCGCUGCCCCACGCGCUCCGCCUCCUCCGCUCGCUCCCCAGCCCCGCCACCAACGACCUCAACGCCGCGCUCCGGGGCCUCGCCGCCUCCCCGCAGCCCGCGCGCUGCCUCCUCCUCCUCGCCGGCCGCCUCCACCCCGCGCCCGCGGGCGCGCCGCCGCGGCCCCGCCUCGACGCGCUCUCCCUCUCCUUCGCGCUCAAGGCCGCCGCCCGGUGCUCCGGCGCGUUCGCCACGCUCCAGCUCCACGCGAUCCUCGUCCGCCUCGGCGUGGCCGCCGACGUCCGCCUGAUGACCACGCUGCUCGACUCGUACGCCAAGUGCGGCGAUCUCCGGUCCGCGCGGAAGGUGUUCGAUGAGAUGCCCGUCCGGGACGUGGCCACAUGGAACGCGCUGCUGGCGGGGUUGGCGCAGGGGACGGAGCCGGACCUCGCGUUGGCGCUGUUCCGCAGGCUGGCCGGGAGCUACCGGGAAUUGCUGCCAAGGGAGGAGCCAAAUGAGGUGACCGUUGUCGCCGCGCUUUCUGCAUGUGCACAGCUUGGAGCAUUACAAGAUGGAUUGGGUGUGCACGAUUUUGCUCGUAACAUAGGCACUGCGAACAACGUUCGUGUCUGCAACGCGCUUAUUGACAUGUACUCCAAGUGUGGCUCAUUGAGCCGGGCUCUUCGAGUGUUCCAUUCCAUGAAGCUAGAAGACCGAACACUUGUGUCCUACAAUGCUACAAUUCAGGCGCUUUCCACCCAUGGGCUUGGAGCAGAUGCAUUGAAGUUGUUUGAUGAAAUGCCAGCGUGGAUUGAGCCAGACGAAAUAACUUACCUUGCUGUUUUGGGUGGGUGCAACCAUGCUGGGCUUGUCAAUGAUGGGCGCAGGGUUUUCGAUUCCAUGCGGGUUCCUCCCAAUAUGAAACACUAUGGCACCAUUGUGGACCUUCUUGGCCGUGCAGGCCACCUUGAUGAGGCACAUGACAUGAUUAUGCGUAUGCCAUUUCCAGCAGAUAUUGUCCUCUGGCAAACAAUGCUCGGUGUGGCCAAGAUGCAUGGAAAUGUGGAGCUAGCGGAAUCGGCUGCCGCAAAGCUUGCUGAGCUUGGUUCUAAUGUUGAUGGUGACUACGUGCUCCUCUCCAAUGUGUACGCAUCCAAGGCUCGGUGGGCGGAUGUUGGUCGAGUUCGUGACACCAUGAGAAGCAAUGAUGUGAGGAAAGUCCCUGGCUUCAGCUACACAGAAAUAGAUGGUGUAAUGCAUAAAUUUAUUAAUGGUGACAAAGAGCACCAUAGAUGGAGGGAGAUAUACAGAGCACUAGAUAACAUUGUGUCAAGAAUUAGUGAACUGGGAUAUGAGCCACAAACAAGCAAUGUUCUACAUGACAUUGGGGAGGAGGAAAAGCAGUAUGCUUUGUGCUACCACAGUGAAAAGCUGGCUAUUGCAUUCGGAUUAAUUUCUACACCACCUGGGGAGACUAUUCGAGUGAUAAAAAAUCUCCGAAUAUGUGGAGACUGUCAUGUGGUGGCAAAACUUAUCUCUAAAGCUUAUGGCCGGGUGAUAAUUAUCCGGGACAGGGCCAGAUUCCACCAGUUUGAAGAUGGACAGUGUUCCUGUAGAGAUUACUGGUAAAAUGCUGGCACACUGGUCAUGAGCAGGACUACUACACAUGUCAUGAGAUCCUGGAUACGGGAUCAUGUGAGGUGGCUCCUUUUCUAGCGUGAAAUGUGGAUAAAUUGGAUAACGUGGGAACUUGACUACAAUUUGUCAGCUCAGGUUCACCACAUCAACAGGUUCUCAGAAGAUGCAAGGCUAUCUACUUACAUUCGCACGAUGAGCUCUUGGGUAUGCCUAUUUGAGGAGCAUCUUGGAAGCAGAAGGAAAAUUUAUGCACUGUGCAAGCUUGGAAUUAAGCUGCUCAACCACUGUUACCUACCAAUAUUCACUGUCCUACAAGGUAAUGCAUCUGUCACAAAAUUCUUCAAAAGCUUCAUUCUUGUUCACUUAAAUUAGCGGUGGAGGGGAGGGGUGGGGACAACACCCCCAGCCUAACAAAUUUUCUUACCAAACGUAUCGGCUGUAGGUAUGGAAUUUCACUGUGCAAAAUGGAAUUAUCAUUAUAAUUUGCUGCUUUCAUCUACAUAUUGUCUACUUUCAUUUUUCAUCCUGCUUGGAAUUCAAAUAUUUUCUUGCAGGAUUUGUUCCUUAUGUGACAAUCAUAAAGAAAUAGUAUGCAACAUUAACAGGAUGACUUAUACAAUUAGGAAGUUCUGCUAGUGCAGCAGUUCAUGUUACAUUUUUGGUUUUAUGGGAAAUAAACUUGAGGAAAGUAAAGUACAA